AUGUCUAUGGACACAACUACAGAAAAUAGUGAUUCCUUUAUUUCUAAUACUGAUGGAAUCAUCUGCGGUUAUUCUGAUAAUUCAGGAUGGGGUGAAAGCAUGAUCUCAGAUCCCAAUAUUACUUCGUCUCCUUCAAGGAGUGUAGACGACCGUGCAUCUUCCGGGAUGCAGUUUAAUGCUUAUUGCAAUAACUGUAAUAAAGAUGGUUUUGAACUUUGUUUAGGUUUGAAUAUUGGUGGUGGGGAAGUGAACAAAGUAGCUAGCGUUAGCUCGUCUGUCCAAACCUUGAUGGCAGUACAACGAAAAAUCCGAAGUGUAAACAGAGGUUAUUCACAUAAUAAUAAGAAUAGCAAAAGCAAGCCAAAGGUCCACGAGUGUUCAAUUUGUGGGUUAGAGUUCUCAUUAGGUCAAGGUUUGGGUGGUCACAUGGGAAGACACAGACCACUUAAGAUUAAAGCAACAAACAAUAAGGUUUCCUUGAAUACUGUUGAUGAGAUUAAGGAGGAGUCGAGAAGCAUUCCAUUGCUGCUUGAUCUUAACUGGCCGGCGGCGCCACCGCCAAGAGAUGUGGCGGGACGGAUCAGAUCUUCCAUCUUUAACUAG